GAACAUAAUAACAGUACCACCAACGUAAAAAAUUUGUAUGAAAGUUAAUUUUUGUACUUGUUUAUAAUAAAAUAAUAUUGAAAUUAAUAGUUAAUAAUAAUUUCUAUUUCAUUAAAAGCACAAAAAUAUUUACCUUUUGUUUAAUUUAGCGGAAAGGGAAAUUGUAUGUAUGUAAAAAUAUUUAUACGUUUGACAGAUACGAAGUGACAGUUGUAGAAUAACAACUAAAAUCUUUAUCGCGCGAGAUUUUUACAACAAAUUAUUAUCGAUUGUUAAUUAACGCAAUUUAUAAAAAAAAUGUCGCUGUAUCCGAGUUUGGAAGAUAUGAAAGUUGAUCAAAUGGCAAAUGCCCAAUACAAUCAAAUCCAAAGAAAUAUCGCGGCUGCACCAGCUAGUGCUCCACCACCGUAUAACUACCCUAAUUUUAAUUCAAUGCCUAUUCCCGCUAUUGCCGCUCCCGAUUCAUCUGGGCAGCAGUUAUAUCCGCAUUUAGGAGAAUACAUGGGGCUGGAAUUAAGCGAAGCGGUUAUUGCGGAGAAUAUGCCUGAAUAUACACAAGUUGCAUUACAACAACAGAACGUUCCUCAAACAACGUCAACCGGUUUGAUAGCUCCGAUUUCGGGACAAUCCGUAGGGCUUAAAAGGGCACAAAUAACCCACGGCGUUCGCCAACUAAUACUUUGUAAAGAUAAAGACGGGAAAGUUGGUGUACGCGUUAAAGCCAUAAACAAAGGUAUAUUCGUCAGCAUCGUCGUGGAUAAAUCCCCAGCAGCGCUAGCAGGACUCAGAUUCGGCGAUCAAAUUUUACAAAUAAACGACGAAAACGUAGCAGGAUAUUCAAUGGAUAAAGUUCAUUCGUUGUUUAAAAAGAGUCCUGUAAACGGGAUCAAAGUUACUGUGAGAGAUAGACCAUUUGAAAGGACCUUAACUCUACACAAAGACAGCGUGGGAUGUUUAGGGUUCCAAUUUAAGCAUGGGAAAAUCACUACGAUUGUUAAAGAUUCAUCUGCUGCCAGAAAUGGCGUUCUCAUCGACCAUCAACUAUUGGAAAUAGACGGACAGAACGUUGUAGGAUUGAAGGAUAAAGAAAUCGCUAAUAUUAUUCAAAAAGCAGGACCGGUUGUAACCGUAACUGUGAUACCGUGUUUCUUGUAUGACCAUAUGAUAAAAUCGAUGUCUGGAUCCUUGAUUAAAGAUAUCAUGGAUCAUUCUAUACCAUCAGUUUAAUUAAAUCCCCUUGGUAAUCGACAAUUAGAAUAGAUUUGUAUCUUCAAUGUUAUAUGUUAGUAGAUAUAUUUUUAUAACCACCCUAUAUAUAUAUUCUCCACUUUUAUUUUAUCUAUGAUUGUUUUUUAAUUUAAGAGGGUCAUAUGUAAAGUUUAUGUAUUUAAAAUCGUCCCUUACCUCAUUUUUAUUUACAGUUUUUUUUUAUUAUACGACGGUUAUAUGAAAAGUAUUUAUAUUAAAAUUGUUUCUAAUCAAUAAUAUUUGAUCACGUCUCGUAAUUAUUUUGAAUUUUUAUCGUUUUUGAUAAUACGAGGGUUAACAGAAAAGUAAUUUAUAGUAAUCGCAGAAAAUAUACUUUAAAGUGUAUCAAAUAUCAAAUUAUUAAAAAAAAAUCAUCAAAAUAUCGUUUUUUGUUAUGGGAAGCAGCUUAUUUAAUAAUUAUAUUGACCGAGAUUAUUAUUGGCAGCAAUAUAUGGAUAGUAAUUGGAAAAAAAGUUAUUCUUGUAGCAUAAAAUCAAUAUUUACUCAAUUUUUUAUUUUGAAAAAAUCGUUAUAUUUCCAUUAAAAUGCUAAAUUUCGAGGUUAGGAACAAUUUGAAUGAAUAUAAAUACGAUUUUGAAAUACAAAAACUUAAAAAAAAAUUAUUCACUACUAUUUCCCUCUUUUUAUAUUUACCGAUUAUAUACAUGUUUUAUUAUCAUUUAUUCGUGCCAUAAAGUAUGCUGCAUUAUUAAACACAAAUAUAAAUAAAAAUCACAGUUUAUUGUUUAUAUUAUAAAUUUUUUUCCACUUUUAUUGCACCCUAUAUAUAUUUGAACAUAUUUAAAAAUAAUAAACAAUAAUUUUAGGAUGAGACCUAUUGCAAAAAGGGAGAAAAUAUGAUGAAAUGCAGAAAAAAUAAUAUAAGGGCGAUCUGAGGUCGGGGGUGGGUUUUUAAGGGUAAAAAGGUUCUCCUCAUUUUCCAUUAGGUUUCAUCCUACUAUUACUUUUUUUAUUUCAAAAAAUAUCGACUGAGAUUUUAUUGCUAUUAAGAUCUGUUUAGAAAAUGUAUCGAUAAAUAUGAGGAGCAUCCCAAUAGUUUAAGUAUGAGCUAUUUGAAAAAAUAAAUGAUUUUUUUGGGCUUAAACUAUUUAUGAAAUAAAAAACCUCGAAAGUAUGCUUUAUUAAAAAUAACAAAAUUACAGCGGAUUCCAUUUUUGGGGAAAAUAUUUGUGAUAUAAAUAAUAAAUUUAUCGAUUUCAAAACUUUGCAGGUAUUUUUAAAUUGAAGAAAAAUAAAAGACAGGAGAUUAUUUUUAUUGUGAAUUAAUCCCAAAUAAAUGUAUACAAUUUUUUUUGAAAUCAUUAUCUAAUGUAUUUAUCUUCACCAAAAAUAUUAGCUAUAUGUGAAAUAAAAAAACAUUUUAAUAAAUAUAACAAAAA